AUCCAUCUUGGCACGAGGGCAGCUUUUAGCAUUUUACCGCUGCAGAACAGAGACUGAGAGAGAGAAGUGAGCAGCAGAUGAACCAUGACUACCACAUCUUUAUCUCUAUCUCCCAAACCGUUUCUUUCCAUUUUCAAGUCAAAACCUAAAUGUUUCCUCAACACCCAUCUUUCAUCCUUGCCAUUUACCUCACAAAACGUUUUCUCAUCCAAAAGGACCAAUCUUUCACACAAUUUACCUCGUGAAUUUACUCGACCAAGCACCCAAAUUUGGAGAGUCUCUGCUGCCUCUGAAGGAGGAGACGUUCUGCCAAUAGAAGCCACCCCACUACUAGAGAAUUCUCAGGAGCUAGUAUCCACGAGUGACGAUGGUGUCUCCACCAUCAUAUCAACUCUUCUCUUCAUUGGUUUUAUUGGUCUGUCUGUUCUCACUAUUGGGGUUAUCUACAUAGCUGUGACAGAUUUCUUGCAGAAGAGGGAGAGAGAGAAGUUUGAGAAAGAAGAGGCUGCUAAAGAAAAGAAGAGUGGGAAGAAGAAAAAGGUAAGAGCAAAGGCUGGACCGAAGGGGUUCGGCCAAAGGACCGAUGAUAGAGAUGAUGAUUAGGAUGUUGGGUGGAACUGUGUAAGCUUUUUAGGGUCUUUUCGUAUUCGAAAUUGGAAUGGCCUGGUUUGCUUCAUUCAUUUUUUAUAAAUGUUUUUUCCCUGGCAAUCUGAAGAAGUACUAAUUAAAGGUACGUUGUUACGUUGUUUAUGGUGUUCUCAUUAGUUGCUGAAGUAUUUGGCAUUAAUUCUCUGCU